GCGCUUCCGGUUGGUCCUCGGAUUCCCGGCUCCUCCGACUCUGUCACCAGGCGGGUGUCCUGGCUCACGGCCGCGCGGACCGGGCGGGCUCGGCUUCGUCCCCCAGCUCGUAGCCCCGUUCGCCGACUUCGGAGCGCCAUGGCCGGGGCCCGCCGCGGCAGGCCGGGCGUGAGGCCGCCUCUCGCUGCCCGCGCGCUCCCGUGGCCGCUGGGCCGGCGGGCACCGGUGUCUGCGUGAGCAGCCCUCGGGCGCCCGCGGAUCCCGCGCUCACGGCCGCAUGGCAUCCGAGGCGCCUUCGCCGCCUUCGCCGCCGCCCGCCUCUCCCGAGCCGGAGCUGGCGCAGCUAAGGCGGAAGGUGGAGAAGUUGGAGCGCGAGCUGCGGAGCUGCAAGAAGCAGGUGCGGGAGGUGGAGAAGCUGCUGCAGCACACGGAGCGGCUGUACCGGAGCGCCGAGAGCAAUAACCAGGAACUCCGCACGCAGGUAGAAGAGCUCAGUAAAAUACUCCACUGUGGGAGAAAUGAAGACAGUAAGACGUCUGAUGUAGAAGUCCAGACAGAGAACCAGGUUCCUUGGUCAAUUUCAGAUUACUGUUACCAGGCGUAUUACAAUGAUGAUAAUCUUCCCAGUAAAGAGACAGAACUAACUGUACAGCAUAGUCAAUAUGUUGAAGCUUCCACUAAAGACGAGUCACAAGUAGACAGUGAUAGUCAUGCUGGUACUGACGGAACAGACUAUGUUAAAUGUGGACAAGAGGAUCCUUUCAUCUCUGAUUCACAGGAGAGUGCCUCCGUGUUAGCCACCGAGGGCCCUGCCUUGGAAGGCUCCUCGCUAGCGGAAAGCUUGAGAGCUGCAGCGGAAGCCGCUGUGUCGCAGACCAGCUUUACUUACGACGAGAACACGGGAUUGUAUUUUGACCACAGCACUGGUUUCUAUUAUGAUUCUGAAAACCAGCUAUACUAUGAUCCUUCCACUGGGAUUUAUUACUACUGUGAUGUGGAAAGUGGUCGAUACCAAUUUCACUCUCGAGUAGAUUUACAGCCUUACCAGACGGCCAGCACAAAACCAAGCAGAGAUAAAAAGCUGAAGAAGAGAAGAAAGGAGCCAGGAUCUUGUACAGCAAAUGAUGAAAGGGAUUUGAGUUCAGAAGAUCAGAAAGUCUGCAGUGUUGACUAUAUAAACUGCAGUGAGGAAGACAAUUCUGCAAAUGUGAAAAAGAAGGCCAGAACGGACACUCACCACAGAAGUAGUCCCUUAAUGCCUGCUGUUCCCAUUAGUGGAGGCACUGUGGAGUCUCCUGGAGAUGAUAAUUCAGCGUCAUCUAAGGAUGAGAAAAUUAGAGAGAGUGAGAGUGAACCAGAAGAAGGUGAAAUUACAGACUCUCAGAGUGAGGACAGUUACGAUGAAGACAGUACCAGUGAGAACAAGGAAUCCUCAGAAGACUUGGAGGAUGAAGAUGAAGAAAAGAUUUGGCCCCCCUGUAUUCGGGUGAUUGUUGUUAGAUCUCCAGUGUUGCAGACGGGCUCGCUUUUCAUCAUCACAGCUGUAAAACCAGCCACGAUUGGGAGGGAAAAGGACAUGGAACAUACUCUCAGAAUCCCUGAAGUUGGCGUCAGUAAGUUUCACGCAGAAAUUUAUUUCGACCAUGACUUGCAAAGCUACGUCCUUGUGGAUCAGGGCAGCCAGAAUGGUACCGUUGUCAACGGGAAACAGAUUCUUCAGCCAAAAACUAAAAGUGAUCCUUACGUCCUUGAACACGGUGACGAGGUGAAAAUUGGGGAGACUGUGUUGUCUUUCCACAUUCACCCCGGCAGUGAGACCUGCGAUGGCUGUGAACCAGGGCAGGUCAGAGCUCACCUUCGCCUCGAUAAGAAAGGCGAGCCUUUUGUUGGUCCAGCAUUAAGUAAAGAGGAAAAAGAGUUGGAGAGAAGAAAAGCACUAAAGAAAAUACGAGUAAAGUAUGGUUUGCAGAAUACAGACUACGAAGAUGAAAAAGCAUUGAAGAAUCCAAAAUAUAAAGACAGAGCUGGAAAACGCAGGGAGCAGGUUGGAAGCGAAGGGACUUUCCAAAGAGAUGAUGCCCCUGCAUCUGUUCUCUCUGAAAUUACAGACAGCAACAAAGGCCGGAAGAUGUUGGAGAAGAUGGGUUGGAGAAAGGGAGAGGGCCUGGGGAAGGAUGGUGGAGGAAUGAAAACGCCGAUCCAGCUUCAGCUUCGACGGACACAUGCAGGCUUGGGUACAGGGAAGCCGUCCUCAAUUGAUGAUCUCCACUUUCUCCAGAAUAAGAGCAAAAAGAACUGGGACAAAGCAAGAGAGAGGUUUGCAGAAAACUUCACAGAUACUAAACCUCUGAAAGAUGCACCAGGGGUCGUGCCGUGGGUGAAGGGGACUGCAGAAUGAAGGUCUGUCACAGGAAAGACUGGAGCUUUGAAAAGAGUUUGGAAACUUUUAUUGUACAAACUUGGGUCCCCAAAAUGUCAGUGACAGGGGGGAGCUCGUCAGAUGGCCCUCCUGCUCCACACACGUGUGCUUUACAGUUUGUAGAGAGCAUUUUCCCUACCAAGCAGGAGCUGAAUGAACUUAUGCAGGAAGUGGACUAUAGUUCACGGAGCACAGGUGGAGCUUGUCAGACUUUGUUGUUUUAUACUGUCAUUUACCAUACCUGUAGAGGGCCACUAGACAUGUAAGCAAAAUCCAAGUGACCAGUAAUGACUUCAGUGUACAUUUGUCCUGUCUCCCUGUGCCCGUUGUUUUAUAAUGCACAGACAAGAAAUUCUAUGUGUGUACUUGUUUACACCUUUAGAACUUAGGUUUUUGUUUUUUUUUAAUUGAGAAACCGUGAGUAGUGGAGCAUAAUCUCAUCCUGAAAUAACUGCAGUAAAUUAAGAACUGAUGAGCAGGUAAUGUGUUGUAGAAAAUUAGUCUCAAACUGUUUUCUUCUGUGAAGAAUGUUGGUUUUACUAUAUAUUCAGCAUUUGCCUUUGGGUUUUUCCUAGCUGAAGAAAUAUUUGAUAGAGACUACUGGGUGUCUAUUGGCGUAUUCAAUGUGCUAGCAUUUUUAGUUUUGAUAAACACCAUUGCAGGCAAUGGGAUCGUGCCAGAGAAAUCUAACAGCUAGUACAAAUGAUCACUUAGCCAAGGCUUCAGACACAAACAUUUCCUGGAAAUGUCUUCAAAUGCAAUAAAAAAAAAUUUUAAAGACUUGAUUUCUUGAAUAAAUGAAUAAAUAUUGGUCUUCUUUGUAUAUGCAACCAACCAGAAUUGUCCUCUUUGCACUGGUGGACCAAUGGCAAGAGGAAAAACCUUUGUCUCAUUCACAACUGUUCACUGGGAAGUUGAUGCUGGAACUCUCUCUUUUUUUUUUUUUUUUUUUUUUUUUUGGCAGUAAGUAUAAACCGUAGCUCCCAUCUGCAAAAAAGAAAAAUAUCUUCAAGAUUCAGAACAAGUGCAAGAAAUUCUGGUAAUGAAAGAGAUACAGUCAUAGAAAUAAUUCAUAACGAAAAGUUGCCCGUGGAUCUCACCCCCUAGUGGUACAGGGCACGUGGGGAUGGGCGCUGAGGAGUCAGUUAUGACUGGAGGAGAGAAAGACCAGUUGACAAGGCCCCAGAGGACUGGGUGGAAGAAUUUGGCCUUAUAAUUCCUCAUUUGGAUACUGUUUGUGUGUCCUUACACAUGCAUGCAUGAACAUGUAUGUGCGCGCACACACACACACAACUUGGAGGCAGCAGGAGUGCUCUGCUAUUUCUCUAGAAUAGAAAUCAGAAUUAUAUUUGGUGCUGGUCUCCCGAGCUGGCGGCAGCGCUCGGAGCAGGUUUGCCUCUGCUGGCUCCCCCGUGAGCGCAGCGGAUGGCCAUUUCCCGCCUGUAGUCUACUUUGGGGGCAAGUGCUUUUCUAGGAGUUUUUGCUAAGAAACUGGAAAACUAGAAAACAGUAGUAGAAGCUGAAAUGUAUGUGCAUAGUACUUGCAUUCUUAAACCACUUGGCGGGUCUAGUCUAAAGCUCAGGGCCUCACUGUGUUACUGAUGUACUGAAUAAAUGUCUCUGUCUGGAAUUUUAUCAUACAUGUCUAUCAUACAACAAAAGAGAUGUAUGUGUAACCAAUUGGUAAACUCAAUGUAGAACAUGUGAGCUUCUAUUAGCUUAGAAGAAUAAAUGUGAGCUAUAUACAAUUUGGAUCUUGCAUAAAAUUGUUUUAAAUGCAAAUUUUAAGUAGUACUUUAUUCACAUUAUACAGAUUUGCUCAUUUACAUAGUAGCUUUUAAGUUCUUGUUUAAAUUGAACUACAAGUUACUGAAUUUUAAUCAACAUCUUAUUUUUGUCCAGAACAUGAGAAAUUUACAGUUGGGGACUGAAGAAGCCAUCCACUGUACCAGAAAUCAUUUUCUGGUAUUGAAUAGCUAAUGGAAGCUCUCCUCAAAAAGAGAGGCUUUCCCCCAGCGUUUGAAACAGGGUUAUUCCAGCAUUUCCUCUUUACUGAUUCUGAACUUGAGAUUGCUCCACCCAGCUCCGAAGGCUUCCAGGUUUUCUUGUGAAAGGGCAGGCAUUAACUGGGCGUGUUUCCCCAUGGCAGCAAGGAGUAGAAAUCCCAAACAUAGGAAAACAGAAGGCAUGAGGAACUUUGUAAAGUCGUGGAAUCGAAGGGGUACACACGGCUGGUGCUAGGGAGCAGCGUUAAACUAGCCCCUAAGUUGUCCUUAGGGACACAUGGACACAAUCUCCCAGGAACCUGGCUCACCUUCAUUUCUGCUCUGAGUCUGACUCGGAGCAUUUCAGAGGAUACUUUGGGUUCCUCAGUGAGACGGUGUUGUGUGUACCUGCUCAUCAGGGCCCAGGCCUUGCCCGCUGCCUCCCUGCCGUGUCAUAUUUUUGGCUUGUGGUAAAGUGACUUUUGAAACUCUGGGCAUUGCUGUCUCGGAGGACUAUGUACAUGGGAAAGCACGGUACAAGAUGACAGCCCUUUUCUGUCAGGAAGGCAAGUGUCCUCAAGUUAACACUGCCCUCUUCUUAUUAUACCCAAGAGACUCAUUCAAAGCAAGGAACAGGUGGUCACAGCUGGCUUAAGCCAAUCAUGAACCAACAGGUGGAGCCGAGCAUGUUGCUGUUGGAACACAGUGAGGUUCCGUGGGCAGCGAAGUGAGGCGGUAGAUCUUGAGUAAGCAGGUAACCUAACUCUCCUGAAGUAGAACCUGGGGUUGGUUAAACUGUGGUGCAGCCUCACUGCCUUGUUAUCCAUUCAAACAGACUCCUGUGCACUGAUAAACAUUUGGCUGGGCUGGAGAGAUGGCUCAGUGGUUAAGAGCACAGGCUGCUCUUCCAGAGGUCCUGAGUUCAAUUCCCAGCAACCACAUGGUGGCUCACAACCAUUUGUAAUGAGAUCUGGCACCCUCUUC